AGCCUGUCAGUUAGUGCCGUGGCGCCGUGACGGUACGGUGUUAGUUGGUACGUCGUUCCUCUUGGGCUGGUCGUGCGCCUCGUAUGAAGGGACGGACGCGUCGCACGUUUCCUAAAUGGGGACCUCGUGGGGACCCGGUGUGAGAAAAUACGCGGACCACCGAUAGCCAGUGAUAAAUAUAUAUAUAUAUAUAUAUAUAUACGCGCCACCGGUCGUUUUGCAUUUUUCUAAAUGGAUAUUUUUUCGUGAAUACUCAUGUAGCACAUAGUAGAUUUUGUGUAAUCUUAUUUAUAGAGGCUUGUAAAUAUAGCGCGAAGCGUCGAGAAGUGUACGAGUGAAAUUUUUGUAUUUAAAUUUAUAUCAAGUGAGAAGGAAGGAACACACGGGAAGAGACGGAGGAUCCAUCAGAGACCAAUUGUGAUCGAUGAUUUCUUUGGUGCUCUUUAGUGUGUGCGCGUUUCGUCGCUGAUAAUAGAACAUCCAGGCGGAUACGCGAUAUAUACAGUGAUAAGAAGCGGUUAUGAGAGUUCGAUGACCACGGGCCCGCGGACCAUCGACGCUACCAUGGACUACCUGCAGACGUGCCUCAUCUUUUACCUGCUGAUCCUCUGCUUCUGCGGCGGACGUUCCAUAGACAUAUCACAAUGCAUCGCACCCCUGGGGAUGGAGUCGGGCGCAAUUCCCGACGCGGACAUCACUGCGAGCUCUAGCUUCGAUAGCGGAAACGUCGGGCCGCAUCGCGCACGGCUGAAGCAGGAGAGCCACGGAGGUGCCUGGUGUCCGAAGCAGCAGAUCACGGCGGAGCCGCGCGAGUGGCUCGAAAUCGAUCUUCACACGGUGCACAUGAUCACGGCUACCGGCACUCAGGGUCGCUUCGGUAACGGCCAGGGUGUCGAGUAUUCAGAGGCGUAUCUGUUGGAAUACUGGAGACCGAAGUUGGGAAAGUGGAUCCGCUACAGAAACUUUCGCGGCGAGGAGGUUAUCGAAGGGAACAGGAACACUUAUCUGGAAUCGAAGAAGGAUUUGGAGCCACCGGUAUGGGCCAGCAAAGUUCGUUUUCUACCCUACAGUUAUCAUCGUCGCACAGUUUGCAUGCGCGUUGAAUUGUACGGUUGUCCUUGGAACGACGGCAUUGUCUCGUAUUCGAUGCCUCAAGGUGACAAGCGCAACAACCGGGAAUUCUUCGACACGACUUACGAUGGUUAUUGGGACGGACAGCUACUCCGUGGUUUGGGGCAAUUGACAGACGGCAAGAUCGGACCGGACUACUUUAAGAUGAGUUACUACGACACCUAUGAUAGAAAUCAAGGAUGGGUAGGCUGGAAGAACGACACAAGAUCCGGACAUCCGCUCGAGAUUAAAUUCGAAUUCGACCACGUCAGAGAGUUCUCGGCUGUUCACAUCUACUGCAACAACCAGUUCACCAAAGAUGUGCAGGUAUUUUCUGAAGUUAGCAUCAUGUUCAGCAUCGGCGGCAAGUAUUACACGGGCGAUCCGAUCGUAUAUAACUAUAUAGAGGACAGGAUCUUUGAACACUCGAGGAAUGUCACGAUCAAGCUGCACCACCGGAUCGGCAAGUUCGUCAAGCUAAGAUUCAGCUUCGCCUCGCGAUGGAUUAUGAUCAGCGAAGUCACCUUUGACUCUGACAUCGCUCACGGUAACUUUACCCCAGAAAUACCAUCCACGACGAUGGCCCCGCGAUUGUCGGAUAUAACUCACACCCGCGACAAUCCGCUGCAAGCCGAAGUUCCGGUAGCUAAGCAGGACGAUCCCACUUACAUGGCCGUGAUCGUCGGCGUCUUGAUUGUCGUAAUCCUGCUGCUGGCGGUUGCCAUGUUCCUGAUAGUCACGCGUCACAGACAGCGCAAGAACUUUGCCAGCCCUCUGGGCGCCAAAAGCGCGAUUCCAUCGGGCAAUCAUCAGCAUCUGUCGCCGGAAUCCGCGUACGGCACCACGGAGAAGGAUCCAUCCUUGAUGACCUACAGGGUCGAGGAACUCGACGACCGGUACGCUGGUACGAAGCUCACGACCCUACCGCGAGAUCUCAACGAUCGUCUUUUGGGCGAUGUCAGACUCGACGAGUACCAGGAACCCUUCCACGAGAACAAGUAUCGAGCAUCUCCUCAUACGGCGUACUACGGAUACAGCACGGUUGUUGUAGACAACAAGGAUCUCCAUGACAAUGUCGAGCAGUCUGAUGCUACUUAUGAUUAUGCAGUACCAAUGCCCGUGCCUAGCGUAAGCAGUGAUCAGGAUAGCGUUUUUUCGAAAUCUUCCUCCAGGGGUAGCGCAAAGGCGUGCUUGCAGAGCUUUUUUCCGCCGCCCCCGCCCCCUAUGAGUGUACCACCCCUUCGAGGCUCCAGCAAUUUGACGUACUCGAAUCCACCGAGUCCGGAACCAGUUUGCGAGCGUGAGCGCAGAGGUAGUAAACGCCGAGAGCACUCCUUGCACAGAUACGCGUAAGGAAUGCGGAAUAUUCAAUGCGAAUGGAAAUCGAAGCACUCCGACGCUUCUCUCCGUACUCCGAUCUAAAGCAACUGUAAACGGUGAGAAUAUAGCGACUGCGGCAGACAAUGCGUGCAGAUCGUCCGAGAGCGUUCGCGAAUAUAUACCUCCGACGUACAAAGACCCCUUGAAGACGUAAAUAAUGGCAUCUAGUAGCUGCGCGAAUGGCCGAACCGUUAACAAGAACUAGUUCGAACAGAACCGGAUGCCAUUAUCUACCUCCUCGAGGAAUCAGAUUGGACGUAGUCGUAAUUUUGAAUUAUUCUCUCUCGGCAGCGAGAAACGUUAAUAAUCUCGAAGCGCGUCCUAAUUCUUAUUUCGCAAUAUCGGAACAAGAUGAAACUGUCUUGGAACAUCAUACGAGUUUCUUGCCCACAACUCUCUCUCUCUCUCUCUUCUCGCUCCAGGUCGUAAGUUUUCUUCCGGCCGCCAUAUCUCGUAAACGAUACAACGAUACGCGGGCUUGGUCUACCGAUAUAACCGAGAUACGACACGAUCGGUUCUGCAUCGGUACGUAUGCAACGUGUGCGGAGAAAUAGCAGCCGGUGCAAAACCGGGGGAAAAGUCCCGGGCAUAAAUCACGCAUGCAACCCUUUUUCUAUCUGACAUGAGAAAUGCAGGAAGAAGCUCCGGUUGGACGCGGAGGGGAGCAGAACAGACACAGAAAAGGGGGAAACUGGCCCAUCUUUUAUACGACGACACGUAAAUGCGUAUGCGUACAUACGCGCGAUUCUACGAGGGAGUCGUAAUAAAAAAAAAAAAAAAAAGAAAGACCGAACUCUGAGGUCGCUUGAUCGAUUGACCUUGUGGAACUGCAUUAUUCGCGUUCGCGGGUGCAUCGCAGUUAGUAAUAUCGAUUACAACCGGGAAAAAAAAAAAAACCCGUACGGGAAUUUAUCUACGCGAUUCUCCUCGAUUAAACGGACGGCGAGUAAUUUUUUAUGAUACGUAAAUUGAUGUUAAUUAAUAUAAUAAUGAUUUUCUCGAAUUGUACAUAUGAUAACGAUGAGGACUAAAUUUGUUGAACGCACAAGAUGAUUAGGACGCGUUAUUUUUUAUAUCGCGAUUUAUAUUUAUAUAAAAAUGCAAUUUGACUUUUGUACGAAUUGCGAUUGUACAAUAUGAUAGAUUCGUUCAUGAUUUCCGCGCGAGAGACUCGACGAGAGCGGAAACCGUUGUACGUAAGAUCGAUCGCGUGCAAUGUCUUGCUUACAUGCUGGGCUUUACGUGUACUUGUACGUAGAAAGUCGAAGAAAACGCGGUGAGCAGGUACGACGAGACGACAACGACGAUGGUUUAUCAAUAUAGAUUUAGCACGAGCGAUAAUAGGAAACUUUCCAUCAUCCCGAAAGAUAUUAACGCGCCGCAUAAUCUCUCGAUGUAUAUAGCGUCUGUAAUUUAUAUAUACAUUAUGUGUAAACGUAUUAUAAAUACACCCGCGAUGAAGAGCGCGGAAGUGCGACCAUUUGUAUAUAUCUGUAUUAUACAGCGUAAAACCGACGAGAAUAAGAGAGAGAGAGUGAAUGAGAAAGAAAGAGAGAAAGGGAGAGAGCGAAUGGAGGUAUCACACAUUGUGAGUGUAAUUAUAUUGAUCAAUAGCAUAACGAGUACCGGAUGCAUAUUUGAUAUUUGUGUGCCUGUAUCCUUUUGUAUGCUAUCGAGAUAGAUAAAAACAAAACUAUACAUAUUAUUAUAUAUUGUAUUAAUUGCGACGUAGGCAACUACGAGUAUCGAGGUGUAAUGUAAACGCAUACAGAACACAAACGCAAAAACAUACACACAAGCAUAUGCAUACACAGAGUCAUACACACAAAUACAUCAGACUGGUCGACGAAUGAAAUAAAACUUUUAGCGAAGCGAAAA